CGGUCCCUCCCUCGCGUUAUCCUCCCCCGCGAGGAGCUCCAGUGACGUCACCCGCGAGGAAUAUAUUCCGGGACCGGCAGCGCUUGCACCACCGUUAAACUGGGUGAACCGAACGCUCGUCUUCAACCCCAUGAAAAGUUUCACCCGACCAAUGGGAAUCGCCGGCGGCGUCGUGCGCCGCCCAAUCAUGGCGAGAUCGUCAUUGAGGAGAACGAGCGCGGACGGGGGAGACCGAGGUCUUAAGAGAACCCUGUCAAGGAUGGUACCGACACACUGUUGCUUGCGCCCUUAAAGACAGUGAGUCGCCAAUCGGUUGGCGAACGUCGCGCGACACCCUAAAAAAAUUCGUUUCACCGAUACGGAAAUUAUCUGACGAACGAAUCUCACCCGGUGUUUUCUUCUUCCCCCGCGUUAGACUGUUCGCCGAAGGUCAUCAUGAGUGGAUCGGGAAAGAGCCUCCUCGGGGUCUGGUUGUACAAGAGAGGCCAGAACUGGGCCGUCAAAGAGGGAAGUCCGCUGCACAAGCCCCACGAUGUACGUCAUCGCGUACCCGAAGAAAGUUUGGAUGAUAGAGCGAGAAGAAAUUUGAUCCCCAUGGAAGAGAAUAAUAAAGGCAAUGAUAACAAGAAUUCUGUGAUAUUCUCCCUGAAGAAUCAAGUCGGUGGAUUGGCUCGAGCGCUUCAAGUAUUUCAGGACUUGGGUAUAAACGUGGUGCACAUCGAGUCGCGGAAAUCUCUGCGCCGCGGGUCCGAGUACGACAUCCUCGUGGACGUCGAAUGCGACUCAAAGCGGAUGGAACAACUGAUGAAGAUGCUGAGCCGUGAGGUAGCGGCUAUCAAUCUCGCUCAUUACGAGCAAAUCGGAACUAUACCGCACGCGCCUUCCCUCUCUGCCGCGGCCAGCUUCGAUUUCAGCGAGGUGGACAUGCCCUGGUUCCCGCGGAAGAUAUCGGAUCUCGAUAGGGCGCAGAAGGUUCUCAUGUACGGGUCGGAAUUGGACGCGGAUCAUCCCGGCUUCAAAGAUCCCGUGUACCGCAAACGUCGUGAGAAAUUCGCCGAGAUCGCCAACAGUUACAGAUAUGGACAACCGAUACCGAGGGUGCAGUACACGCCGGAGGAGAUCAGUACCUGGGGAACCGUUUUUCGCGAGCUUCACCAACUUUAUCAAAAAUUCGCGUGUAAGGAGUACUUGGAGAACUGGCCGAGAUUGGUCAAGUAUUGCGGAUACAGAGAAGACAAUAUACCGCAAUUGCAGGACAUAAACGUUUUCCUAAAGCGAACAACGGGAUUUCAACUGCGUCCGGUCGCGGGUUACCUCACGCCGCGAGAUUUUCUCUCCGGGCUCGCCUUUCGAGUGUUCCACUGCACCCAAUACAUCCGACACUCGUCCGAUCCAUUUUACACGCCAGAACCGGAUUGCUGUCACGAGCUGCUGGGCCAUAUGCCGCUGCUUGCCAACCCGAGUUUCGCGCAAUUCUCCCAAGAACUUGGUCUGGCUUCCCUCGGCGCGUCGGACGAGGACAUUGACAAACUGGCCACCCUGUACUUUUUUACGGUGGAAUUCGGAUUGUGCAAGCAGGACGGUAUGUUUCGCGUUUACGGGGCCGGCUUGCUGUCGUCGGUGGCGGAGUUGAAACACGCGGUGUCCGCGCCCGAGAAAACCAUGCGAUUCGAACCGGACGUCACUUGCAAGCAGGAGUGCAUCAUCACCGCGUUCCAAAACGCGUACUACUACACUGACAGUAUAGAUGAAGCGAAGGAGAAGAUGAGAGCAUUCGCUAAUCAGAUUCAACGUCCGUUCGGAAUACGUUACAAUCCGUAUACCCAGUCGGUGGAGGUGCUGACAGACGCUCAGAAAAUUACCGCCGUAGUGAGCGAGCUGCGAGGCGAUCUCUGCAUAGUAUCAAACGCUCUCCGGAAGAUCCACGAGCAGGAUGAUACCGUCGACGUUGAGAGGAUAACGAGCCUGCUGACGCAGGGCAUCGAGAUGCCGCAGGACAGCUCGUCCUCAGACAGCGACCAGCAGGACGACAGUCCCAAUGCCGAAGAGGUGCAUCCUCAAGAGGAUCAGCAAUCGCUCAAUGACGAUAAAGACGCAGUCGUUAUGGGAGAUUAAGCAUGGUUCAUUGCGGAACCUCCAAAAUCGACAUGAGGCGGAUCAGAAGCGGAUUCCACCCCGCCCCGUUUGACGAAAGAUUGUCUUUUUAACCCGGAAACGCUCACCCGGGGUGAUUCUCUCACCCCAGUGUCGAAAAGGUGAAGUUACAGUAAUCUUCUUUAUCGAUCGAGAUUUUUUGGUUUCUCCUUAUUAAAAAAGAAAAAUACAUUUUUGGGAAAACCAAUAAAUUAUAAAAUAAUAAAAUAUAAAUUAUAAAAUAAAUUAUAUAAAUUCUAAAAUAAAUUAUGAAACAAUCAAGAAUAUGCAAUACGUAAUUAAUAGCAAUGACUUUUAAUUGAGGUGUAAAAAUCACCCCAUAUAAAAAAAUGGGGUAAGCGUUUCCGGGUUAAUUGAACGUGUCUCCUGUGCAAAGGUAGCGCGUCGUCUCUCAAUGUCGAGUAGACGAUGUAGAUCGAUUUAUCAUUUUUCCUUCAUUCCUUUCACUGUUAAUACAUGUAAAAAUAUCGAUAAUAAUUAUUAGCUGACACAGGCGUGUGAGAGAUAUUGAAUUGAUUUAAAACAUCAAGCGUUGAAAGAAAAUAUACGCAACGAUAUCGAGUAUCGUAAACAUCGUUCUAUCUUUCUCUCUCUCUCGACGAGCAAAAAAUGAUUUGAUUCGAUCUGGAUAAUUAUGUUAGAUAAUGUUUAGCGUGCUACUUCGGCUUUCGCUCUAUCGUAUGUACAAGCAGAAUGUUAACUAGAAUGCUACUCGAUGUAUCGUUAUUGAAUCAAGAAUAAAUGUAGCUGUAACAAGAA